UUAUGCAGUUGGUUCUUCUGUUGCUGGUGCCAUCUGGUCACAAACAUUAUUCAAAAAAUUGAACAAAUAUCUCGAUACCGCUACAGCAACCAGUGUCUAUACCAGUCCUUAUGUUUUUGCAGACACUUAUGCAUGGGGAACACCACAGAGAGAAGGGGCCACAAAAGCUUAUGGUGAAAUACAAAGAUUGUUAAUGAUUGUUUGUUUGUGUUUCGUUGCCCCAAUGAUUGUCGCAUCAUUCUUUAUGAGAGAUAAGCAACUUGGUAGAGAACAAAGUAUAGAGGAUGUGGAAGAGCAAGAUGAACAAGAUUCUUUGUUGAGCUUUAUUAAGAGUCUUGGUGGAAGAAGAGGUAGAAACAGAAGUGAAAAGGCUUAG